AUGGCAAAAGCUAUUUAUAGCUUGAAAAUAUAUUUAUUUCGUGAACAGUUUCGAUUAACACGAUUAACACCCAAAGAAGAAAGUGCCUUAAGAAGUAUUUGCAUUUUUAUUGUACGGUUAUAUAUAAAAGUAUGGUUUAAUUCACCAUCUUCAAUCAAAACUCCUUUACAAGGCUUGACUUUUAUGAAAAAUCUUUUACAAUAUGCCUCUAUAGAUAAUUUAGAUAAAGAUCUAUCUCAGAUAGCAGUUAAAAAGUUUUGUGGUCACUUAUGGUAUUUAUCGGCGGAAUUAUGCGCAUUUGAUUUUUUCGAUGAGGCUGUGCCACUGGAGACUAAAAGAAAAAUGAUUCAUGCUCUAAACAACGACGAAUGUUUAUCAGAAUUAAAUUCAAAUGCACAACGUUUAAUUAUAUUUGCAAAAAAUGCAAACGAGUUAUUAGAAAAGGAAAUUGAUGAUUUUAUAUGUGUCAACACUAAAAAUCUUUUUAAACGAUUUGCCAUCAAUACCACUUUUUUGAAUGAAAACCCUUUAAUGUAG